AUGCCCUCACGUCAAAUCCUCGCCACUCUCUUCGGGUCCCUUGGCAAUACCCGCUGGUCCCUCACCCGCUCCGGCCGGAUUAGCGUGUGGUUCGUCAAGGUCGCCCCGGGCCCCGACGAGGCCGAUUACCUUUUCCACAACUUCGAUUUCAAUGAAACAACUCUCUCUGGAGGACAACAGGCUCAAGCUACUGCCGAGUCCAACUCUGAGUUUGUCAAGCCGCCAACCCCGCCGAUCACCGAGGGAUCCGGCCCAACAACCGUCCUCGAGGCGCAAGGAAACCACCUCUGCAUCAAUGAUAUGUACCGUACGGCUUACUCCUUUCGCAUUCGCCCCGAGACGGGCGAGGUCCUGACCUGGGCAAGCCGGCACGUCGUUAAGGGCCCAAAGAAAGACCAGGAUAUUGUCAAUUGCUACCAACGGUUGGAAUGA